AUGAGCAAUACGGCUCUUCAUUUGUUAUGUCAUCAGUCAGAGAGUCAAACAAUGAUCAAAUUACUUUUAAAUGCUGGUGCUCAUAUUGAUUGUAUGAAUCGUUAUGGACUUACACCAUUGAUGUAUGCAACUAGUCAAGAAACCAAAGCUUUUCUCAAGUCGAAAUCAACUCCAACACGUCUCAAAUGUUUUUGUGCUUCUAUGAUAGCUAGACAACGAUUGAAUACAAGUGAUCUUGGAUCAGCAACAUCGAAAUUAAACAUAUUAAUUUCACUACACGGCUGUUCAAUGACCAAAUCUGGCUAUAAACGAAAAUAG